AUGGAGGUGCCGUCUGCCUUUGAGACCAUAGGACACAUUGCACACCUGAACCUAAGGGAGGACGCCCUUCCAUGGAAACAUAUCAUUGGCCAGGUGCUCUUGGAGAAGAAUGUGAAGCUGCGCACCAUCGUGAACAAGCUGGGCAGCAUAGACAACGAGUACAGGGUGUUUGACAUGGAGGUUAUCGCUGGUGAAGAAGACACAGUCACCGAGGUGCAGCAGCAAGGACACCGAUUCCAGCUGGAUUUCCGCAAGGUGUAUUGGAAUUCGAGAUUGGAGCGGGAACACACCCGGCUGGUGACCACCUUUGCGCCGGGGCAGGUCAUACUGGACGUCAUGGCCGGCAUCGGGCCCUUUGCGGUGCCUGCUGCUGCGCGGGACUGCACGGUGUACGCCAACGACCUCAACCCAGACAGCCAUACCUUCCUGUGCAAGAACAUCCAGCGCAACCGCGUGACCGAGCGGGCGUUUGCCUUCAACAUGGACGGCGCGGCCUUCAUUCGCGAGGCGGCCGCCGGGCGGCUGGCGCCGGCGGCGCUCCCGCCCCUAGGCGCGGCCAAACGGCCCGUGCCGUCUACGGCAGUGCAGGAGAGCGAGCCGACGCAACGCCUCCCUUUCCACCACGUGAUCAUGAACCUGCCGGCCAGCGCCGUGGAGUUUUGCAGCGCAUUCCGAUCGGCCUUUCCUGAGGAGCUUUGGGAGGCCGGCUCCCUGCCAAAGGUGCACGUCUAUGCUUUUGCGAAAGGCGUGGAUUGUGAACCAGAGCUCACUGCGCGCUUGGAAGCGGCGCUGGGCGGCCCCCUAGACUGCCCCGCCGCCUUCCACAAGGUGCGUGAUGUUGCGCCCAACAAGCAUAUGUUUUGCAUCAGCUUCACCCCACCGACCGUGCUGGCCCUCGGGGCUGCCGAGGGCCAUGCGCGUGAUGAGGCUGCCAGUGCCAAGCGCCUGAAGGCAUCCUGA